AUGGGGUUCUUCACCAAGAGCACCUCCAAGCAGACCGCCAAGCUCAAGUCCCUCAUCAAGAUCGCCGUCGCGCGCCUCGCCGUCGUCCGCCGCCCCCGCCUCGGCCGCCGCUCCAUUGCGCGCGGCGACGUCGCGCAGCUCCUCUCCAUUGGCCACCUCGACCGCGCUCUCGCCCGGGCGGGGCAGGUCAUGGAGGAGGACAGCAUGCUGGAGGCGCUCGACAUCAUCGAGCACUACUGCAAGAUCCUCGUCGACCAGUCCGCCCAGUUGGAGAAGCCCAAAGAGUGCGGCGAUGAGAUCAAGGCGGCGGCGGCGGGGCUGAUUUUCGCGUCGGCGCGCUGCGGCGAGCUGCCGGAGCUGCUGGACGCGCGCGCCAUCCUGGCAAGCAAGUUCGGCCGGGAAUUCGAGAGGGCGGCCAAGGAGGGCUCCCAGGCCGUCGUCAAUCCCACGGUAUUAGUGCAGAGGUUAUCUGGCGAGAAGGCGAGCGCGGGGCAGCAGAGGAGGUUGGCCAGGGAGAUUGCCGCCGAGAACGACAUCUUGCUCGACUUCCCCGAAAGCCGAGGAGAGGUUCAUCAGAGCAAACAGAGUGAACAGGCCAAGAACGUGCCGGCGCCGGCUGGGAAAUCUGUCGAACAGCCUGAGGUCAGGACCGAAACUUCCGAGGUGCAGAGGAGGCAGAGGCUUGCCGAUGACAACGUGAGCCGGUCGAACCUUGCCCGGCAGAGAGCAGAGGAGAAGGCGUCGAGGGAAUCCAAGAAGUACGACGAUGUCAGGAUGGCGGCGGAGGCAGCGUUCGAGUCAGCGUCGUUCGCCGCCAUGGCCGCCCGGGCGGCAGUGGAGCUGUCUCGGACGGAGUCGCAUGGGAAGGGACCGAGAGGCGGCGGCCGCGGGCACGAUAAGGUCCAUCCUUUGCAGAGUUCUGGAGCAACCGAGCGGGAGACGCGGCCGCCGGGGAAGCCGCAGAAGCCUCCGUCUCCGUCUCCGUCGCCGUCGUGGAGCGACAAGAGCACGGUCUCCUCGGUAUGGUCGGACGCACCAGCACGGGACGCGCCAUCACCGCCGAAGGGGAAGAGCAUUGUGUUCGACCGGAGCGACGGAGAGGACGACGAUGUCGUGGAGGACCUCGUCUGGACUCCGCAGCUGCGUCGGCCUCCCUACAACAACAGAAGAACGGCCUCCGCAAUGGGCAUGGACGGCGUCGGCGGCGACGACAACACGCACGGCGCGCGGCGCGCGGAGUUCCAGGACAGCGUGCCCAACGGCUCGGAAGACGCGCGGCCGACGCACAGGAGGCACGCCUCGGAGCACGCCGGCGGGGGCGUGCGCCGCGAGGCCCCGGAGCAGCCCGGCCAGUACAGAGCCCCUCCGUACAGGAGGAGCCCCGCGGCCGAUGCAGGCAGCAACGGCGGCGCGUACGAGAGCUCGGCGUUCGUGGUCCGUGCGCCGUACGCGAGGAUCACGUCCGCGCUGGAGGGCGGCAACGAGCACAUCGCGCGGCACGAGGAGGUGCGCAGGAUGGGCACCGACGCGCGGCUGCUCCAGGAGCAGGUGUACGGCCCCGCCGCGCCCGGGCCGGGGCGCGCGCCCCUGACGCCGGACAGGAGGGCCAUCUCGGUGCGCACAAGGAGAUGA